AGUAACUAGGAUUGCCUGAAUUCUGGUAGAACAUUGUUAACAUUCAAUGAAAAUAAAAGUUGCCUAGCAUGUGCUCCUGACAACUGCCACAUUCAAUGACAAUAUGUGGAUUCUAUAUAUUUCAGUGCUGUUUUAUUUUCUAAGGCAAACCUGCUAUUUUAGGUUGCAUUUUAUACAUCAUCCUAGAUAUUCUCUGAGUCUCUGUGUCCCAAUUAUAAGGCCAGUUUGCUUUCAGCAUGUGUUUUAAAGAAAACAAGUACUCCUUCCGUUCCUCUAGGUUCUUCCAAGUUACUAUUCACAAUGUCAAAUUUUAUUCACUUUCUUUAUCUAUUUUCAUUGAUUAUACAACAACAAACCAGUUGGUUCCAUUGAAAGUAGGAUCUGCGAAGGGUGUGUGUACACAAACCUUGCCCCUACUCGAAAGUAGAGAGGCUUUUUCCAAGGGACCCCCGGCUCACGCUGCACAUAUAGAAGGAUCACAGUAGCUACAUAAGGCAAAGCAGGCACACACCCUCUACUUUAUUUUCAUUGAUUAUUUGAUAAAAUAAAAUAGUCUUGUCAUUACUUGUUUUGUAGAUCUUUUGAAGUAGUUUUAAAAUAUGUAAAUUUUGUUUUUUUAUUCUUACACCAGUAUUCAUAUAAAUUGAAUUGAAACUAACUCCACUCAGAUAUCGUAAUCCGAAACAAGAAGAACCUAGAGGGACAGAGUUAAAUUCAGUUUACUUUAAAAAUAUUAUCCCUCUAAGUGGGGUUAAUUGAAUCAAAGCAUUUCAAAGAGAAGAGAGAUUGAAUUGGAUUAUAUCUGUAAUGAUUGGUGCGGGAUUUAUUUAUUGUUUUAUAGAAUAACCAUUUGGUUUGUGACUAUAUCUUUUAAAUUCUAAGCAAUCUUGUUUCUGCCCAUGGAAUGUGUAUAGCCACUUGCCACUCUUAGUAAAAAACAGUGUUUUGAAAUAUUUGAGUAUUGAUGUUAAAAUUUUUUCCCUUUGAAAAUCCCCUAGCAGGUCCCAGGGACUUGGAGAUGGAUGCUUGGAGUGUCUGCUGUGCCAGCUAUUGUCCAGUUCUGUCUUAUGUUAUUCAUGCCUGAAUCUCCAAGGUGGCUCUAUAUGAAGAAGGAUAAACGCGAAGCUAUUGUUGUUCUCUCUAAAAUUUAUGAUCCUUAUCGGUUAGAGGAGGAGAUUGAUCAGCUAGCAACCACAUUGGAGGAUGAACGCCUCAGAAAGAAAGCUGUCAGGUACACCGAUGUUUUCAGAUCGAAAGAGCUUAGACUCGCAUUUUUUGCUGGAGCAGGACUACAGGCAUUCCAACAGUUGACUGGCAUCAAUACAGUCAUGUACUACAGCCCAACAAUUGUGCAAAUGGCUGGAUUCCGUUCAAACCAAUUAGCGUUACUCAUCUCACUCAUUGUGGCACUGAUGAACGCUGUGGGUACAAUCUUGGGAAUCUACCUCAUAGACCACAUCGGUCGCAAAAAGUUGGUCCUGACAAGUUUAUCCGGCGUGAUAGUUUCCCUUGUUGUUCUUGCUGGAGCCUUCUUAUUAGCACCCUCUUCUUCCACAUCCUUUGGACUGUACGGAUGGGUUGCAGUCGUAGGUCUGGCUCUCUACAUUGCCUUCUUUGCCCCCGGCAUGGGCCCCGUUCCAUGGACCGUGAGCUCAGAAAUCUACCCCGAAGCAUACCGAGGAAUUUGUGGAGGAAUGUCUGCCACCGUAAACUGGAUAUCCAACAUCAUAGUGGCCGAGAGUUUCCUGUCAUUGGCUGAAGCCAUAGGCACCGGCCCCACAUUCUUGAUGUUUGCCGGUAUGGCUGUUGCUGCCUUUGGGUUCGUAGUGGCUUUUGUACCCGAGACAAAGGGCCUGACGUUCGAUGAAGUGGAGAGAAUCUGGAAGGACAGGGCCUCAGGCAACGGGUCCUCUACCAGAGAACCCCUUGUCAUACCUGGGAACCAAUCUCAAGACUAGGGAACUCUUCUAGUUCUUCCCUUCCCUUGAGUCUUAGUUUGUUUGUACAUAUACGUGAUUUGUUACCGGUUACACGUUUAGUUCCCAGUGCCAGGGUAUUCUGAGCAUUUCUUAUGCACCGGCGGCUAGAGUAUUAUUUGUUGUGUAAUGAUAAUAAUCUCUCAGAUUUCUAUGAUCUGAACUUUUAUGUUCUGGACCCUACUUUGUAUUAGUAUUAGUAAAAUAUGUGUGCAUCAAGUCUUUUUCCUUGGGUAAGACAAGUAUAUUCACAUGGCAUAAAUAUUUCACCUACUU